UAUUGAUAUCUUGCACCUCCAUCAUCACUUCUUUAUACCUCCGAAACGAUUCCGCAAGAACGAACAGCUUCUUGACCACCUAAUAUUAUUCUAAUCCCAACCCAUUAAUUAUACCAUAAACGUCAAAUUCAUCAUGAGCGCAGACGAGCUCAAGGCUUUGGGGAACAAGGCAAUUGCGGAGAAGAAUUUCGACGAGGCUGUUGAGAAAUUCACCGAAGCCAUCGCCAUCGAGCCAACCAACCACAUUCUCUACUCAAACCGCUCGGCCGCGUACGCCUCAAAGAAGGAUUACGAGCACGCCCUCGAGGAUGCCACCAAAGUCACAGAGAUCAAGCCAGACUGGGCAAAGGGAUGGGGACGCAAGGGUGCUGCUAUGCACGGUCUUGGAGACCUCUUGGGGGCGCACGAUGCGUACGAGGAGGGGCUGAAGUUGGAUCCGGCUAAUGCACAGAACAAGAAUGGGUUGGCGUCGGUAAACAAGGCCAUUGAUGCUGAGGCUAAGGAGGAUGGUGUUACAGGCGACCCAACUGGUGGACUGGGCAACAUGUUCAACGAUCCCCAGCUCCUCCAGAAGCUUUCUGCGAACCCAAAGACUGCGCCGUUCCUCGCGGACCCAGCGUUCAUGUACAAGCUCAACCAGAUCAAGUCCCAGCCCAGCAUGUCGCAAGACCUGUUCAGCGACCCAAGGAUGAUCCAAGUCCUCGGUGUCCUCAUGGGUGUUGACAUGGACAUGAUGGGAGGUGGCGGCGCCGCCGGCCAAGCCGGCCCUGGCGCCAGAGAGGCCGAGGAGGACGUCCCCAUGACCGACGCCCGCCCAACCAAGUCCGCGCCCGCCCCAGCCCCCGAGCCCGAGCCAGUUGUGGAGGAGGACGAGGAAGCCAUCGCCAAGAAGGCAGCCAAGGAGGAAGCCGACAAGGAGAAGGCCCUCGGGACCGCCGAGUACAAGAAGCGCAACUUCGACGACGCCGUAGCCCACUACACCAAGGCGUGGGAGCUACACAAGGACAUCACGUACCUCAACAACGUCGGCGCGGCCAAGUUUGAGAAGGGCGACUACGAGGGCGCCAUCGCGGCGUGCAAGGAGGCCGUCGAGUACGGCCGCGAGGUCUACGCCGACUUCAAGAUGAUCGCCAAGUCGUACGCGCGCAUCGGCUCCUCGUACGAGAAGCAGGGCGACUACGUCCAGGCCAUCGCCAACUUCCAGAAGUCCCUCACCGAACACCGCACCCCGGAUGUCGUGAACAAGCUCCGCGCCGCCGAGAAGACUAAGAUCGACACCGCGAAGAAGGCGUACAUCGACCCCGCCAAGGCCGAGGAGGCGCGCGAGCUCGGAAACGCAAAGUUCAAGGAGAGCGACUGGCCUGCUGCUGUCGCGGCGUAUACGGAGAUGACGAAGCGUGCCCCUGAGGACCCGAGGGGUUACUCGAAUCGCGCGGCGGCGUUUAUGAAGUUGCUUGAGUUCCCGUCGGCGCUGGAUGACUGCGAUCAGGCUAUCAAGCGUGAUCCGAAGUUCAUCCGUGCGUACCUGAGGAAGGCGCAGGCCUACUUUGGUAUGAGGGAUUAUAGCAAGUGUCUUGAUAUGUGUGAGUUGGCUACGGGCGUGGAUGAGUCGGGCGCGAAUAAGAGGGAGAUUGAUCAGCAGCAGCAGAAGGCGCUGCAGGCUAUGUAUGCCACGAGGGAUGGGGAGACGGAGCAGCAGACUAAGGAGAGGAUUCAGAAGGAUCCUGAGAUCAUGGCAAUCAUGUCCGACCCGGUCAUGAACAGCAUUCUCCAGCAGGCCCAGAACGACCCCUCGGCGCUGCAGGAGCACAUGAAGAACCCGGCGAUCCGCGCGAAGAUCACUAAGCUCACUUAUGCGGGUGUUAUCCGUAUGGGAAGGUAAGUGGGUUGAGUUCUGACGUAGCCAAGCCAAAGGUUUGUUGGUAGCUAGUGGUGGGGAUGAUGGAUAUGAAGAUUGGAAUAGGAGAUUGGAUGGAUAGGGGCAAAGGGCGUUUGUAUUCUACAUAACUACUCGUUGCUGAUUAGCGAAAUGUGAUGAUUGCAUGCUAUUUUUUGUGCCUGUAUGGCUGUUCUGGGG